UCAAAUAUAGUGAAUGCAAGGUCCUGGGAGACCAGAUAUAGUGAAUGCAGGAUAUAGUGAAUGCAGGUCCUGGGAGACCAGAUAUAGUGAAUGCAGGGUCCUGGGAGAUCAGAUAUAGUGAAUGUGCGGUCCUGGAGAGACCAGCUAUAGUGAAUGCAGGGUACGGGGAGACCAGAUAUAGUGAAUGCAGGGUCCUGAGAGACCAGAUAUAGUGAAAGCAGGGUCCUGGGAGAUCAGAUAUAGUGAAUGCAGGGUCCGGGGAGACCAGAUAUACUGAAUGCAGGAUCCUGGGAGACCAGAUAUAGUGAAUGCAGGGUCCUGAGAGACCAGAUAUAGUGAAUGUGGGUCCGGGGAGACCAGAUAUAGUGAAUGUGGGUCCGGGGAGACCAGACCAGAUAUAGUGAAUGCAGGGUCC